AUGACGCCACCACAUUUCGUUGUAGCAUGGAAUGUGCGAAUAACUCAGCUACUGCGUCGUUCGCAGCGUGAAAAUGCCCCCAAAAACUCCAAACCCUGGCUGAGUUCGGGUAAGCUGAGUUGUCGCGGCAGCAUGUCACCCGGACCCUUGGAAGCGGUAUUUUUUGGUCCACAACCUGUUAGUACAACAAAAUGUAGCGGAGGUCCGGCGGGAAGACUUCUUCAAUCACGACAAUUACAUCAAGAAAUAUGUAGUCUACUUUUAGGCGCUAUUGAACAACUGAAAAUAGCCCUGAACGAAUUCAGCACCGUACUCCCACCGAAUAUCAAUACACAAAUCGGUUCACCACCAUUUCGAGAAAACGAUACCAACGAUCGAUUGCAUAAACUAUUGGAACAGGCUAAGACUCACGAUUCCGAAGAAGAUUUUACGAUACGAGCCAAUUCCGAUAUAGCACAACUCUGUGCCGAAUGCAUAAUGUUUUGGCGACGUGUCCUGAUAGCCUCCACCCAGCCUUCGGUACACACACUGCUGGCGAAAAAACAUCACAUCCUGAGGGUGAGACGUUUCUCCGAAGGAUUCUUUGUGAUGGAAAAUCCUCGACACACUGCUGCCGGCUGUUACGAUAGCAACUAUCAAAAUUAUGUGGCCAUAUCGGAAAUGGCGCGACGAAGUCGUUACAUGCAAUCACUGCCUCCCUUACCGGUCCAUUGCACACCCAUUGAUGGUGAUACGAAUUCAAUGCCUUUGAUAUUUGAAGAUCGUUAUGUGGAACCGAAUAAAUUCACAAGAAAGCGUACUGGGUCUGAGCCGCAUUUAAAUGUCAAUGGGAAAAAUAAAACCGGCACAGCGACAGAUAAGGGGGUAGCCACCCCAAAUGGUCGGGCUGCCUCGGCCUCAAGUGGCAAAGAAUGUUCUUGUGGUGCGGCAAGUUUUGAUUAUCCUCCGCCGAGUAAAACAAAUGGUGUGCCGGCUGCGGCUGGAGUGUUGACACCCCGAUUUGCCUUGGGUGGUGAAAUUUUACAAGCCAGCCUGACCAUUGCCCCCACGGCUGCCUCCAAAGGCCCAUCGGGUAGUUCUCUAAAUCAUCGCUACAUGUCAAGACAUUCGGUAAAUGGCCUCUUGGAUGAAAUCGAUAGUGGCCUGGAUCCCAGCAUGCAGGAAUUUUGUGAGGUUGGCAGUGCAGGCACCUUACCAGCUAGACACAGCAAAUCUUUAGAUCAAUUGGAUGGUACAGUCCACAGCACCCCCUCCUUGAGGACAUAUCACAAUACCAUGUCCGGUUAUCCGGCCAAGUUAUCAGAAAGUGAAAUAAAUCACUUGAGUGGAGGUUAUGUUCCCGAGCUGCAGGAGAAAACCUUUAAAGGCUUUGCUGGACUGAAUGGAAAUCGUGGUGGCCAGAGUCACAAGCCCAAGGUCCAGGCUGAGGAUUUAAUGCGUAACAUCAAUGAGUUCCGCAUGAAAUAUAAAAAUUUUGAAGAUCCCUGUGUUACAACUAAUGGUCCCGUGGCCAUGCAUUACAAGACCUAUGGAGCCAAUACCUUGGGCCGUCCGGGAAAUGUGGAGGCCAGCAAAUAUGACUAUCUACAUGAAAUCAAAAUGUUGAACCCACCCAAGAAGUUGGCGGACAAACCGAAUUCCUAUUACAACAGCCUGCCCAAGACCAUGGUCAAUGGUGAGAUUGUGCCCCGUAAUUCUUAUCCACCCAUUAAAACACAAAAUGGCAUGGCACCACCACCAUCUCAGACGCCAUCACUACCACCACCAUCAGCAUCAGCAUCCGCAUCAACUGAACCCCAGUCCAUAGUUUGGCCACAACAAAUCGCUAUACCCCGCAGUAGUUCUUCCCAAGCCCUUAGACAAGCGGCCAAUAAUAAUAAUGGGCUGCCCGCCAGCAAUCAUGAUGUAGAACCAAAUAGUACCAUACCCCGUUCCGUGGAAAUUGCCCGAGUCAGGGUAUCUGAUCUCAAGGAAAUGCUGAAAAAUGGCACCCUGCGCAAAGAGUCGAGCAGUUCGGAAAGUGAUAUACCCUCCAAGGUGAAAAAGGCCAAGGCCGAACAGAAAAUGCUUUCGUCGAAUAGUGUGCCCUUCAGGCUGGAUAGCGCUUCGGGCCAGGAACAGGAACAGACCACAAGUGGCUUCAGUGAAUCGCUGCCGAAUUUGGUGCCACCACCACAGUUCACCACAGAGGCAGUGAUCAGCGACUCCACCUCAUCGUUGAGUGAGGAAAGCGGCUGGGUUUCGAGUAGACGUAGCUCCAUUGUACCCUCCAGUCCGGAAACUAUACUCAAACAACAACAGACCAAAGAGAGAAAUGAAUUGGAGACCCGAUUGAAUGGGGAACAGCUGAGGUUGAAGCUGCAAAAGCUAUUGGAGCAACAAAAUAAAAAUAAAAAACUAAAGGAGUCCAGGGGGCUGAUGAAAAAUGGCCCAGCCUCGAACACCAUACCCAUGGCGGAUGGCCUUAUGCUGCCGCAUAAAAAAAUCUCCUCUGUCACGGUGAAAAUUAAACCGGAACGUUUACGCUCCGAACUGAGGCGAAAUUUACGCAAUCAACCCUAUAAUGAAUCCACCGAGGUAGAGGAUUCGGAUUUCUCCCUAAUGCAAAGUCAAAGGCGGGAACGAUAUCGUAAAACGGAAAAAUCGAAAUCGGAUUUUGAUUUGACCAUCAUUAAGGAGAGCAACAGUGGUACGGCCACAAUGGCCUUGACAAAUGUGCGGGUACCACCGCCACAACAAUUUCAGGAUGAUCUGCUGCCUCCCGAUGAGUUUCGGGAUCCUCCCCUUAAUCUUCAGCAGCAGGUCAGGGAGAAACAAAACAAAAAAUCAGAAUUCAUUACAAACAGGAAUACGGAUAAGGAUUCGCAAUUCGGCAAAAUCUCCAGCAAAUCGAAUAGUGUUGUGGCAACAACAAAUUAUGUCACCAUGACCCCAGCCCACAAAUCGGAUACCUAUCAAAGUCUAACACAACACUCCUCACCCUCAUCGCUGAUACUGCCGCCAGCGCCUCCACCUCCGCUCAAGGAAAUACCGCCCCAUGGCCACCUGAACUUGAGGCAACCCAUUGUGGCCAUAGAUAAUCCCGUCUAUCACAUUUACGAGUCCAUGAAACCCAUUACACCCGGUAGUAUAUUCGGCAAUAAGCCAGUGGUGAGGUCCCACAGCAUUGUGGAAAUGAAACGGCCCAAAGAUUUUGGAAAUGCCUCUUCAAUGGUCACCACAGCAACGGCGACAAUGAAAAAUUCACAAAUCAUCAUUAACAACAACAACAGUAGUAGUAGCAAAUCGAAUCGUUCCACACCCUCCAACAAUUCCAAUUCAAAUCCCAAGCUAGGUCUUAAUAUUAAUGCGAACACACAUUCACACCCCGCAUCUCAAGAUAACGGUAACGAAGAUGAGAACAAAGAAAAUUCCAAUUCUUCUUCAUCGACAGCAGCGACAGGACAUCAUCACCAUUGUAAUAAUACGACCUCGGCGGCGGCUUCCUCCUCCUCCAAUUCUGUGGUACGAUCCUCCAGCACCAAAUCGUCCUCGAAACAUCACAAAAAUCAAAACGGCCACAGCAACUCCAAGGGCUCCGAAGCCAACAACAUAUCUCUGAUGGAAUUCGAAAAAUAUCGCGAAGAAUUUCGCAAACAAUUGAAAUACAACGGCAGCAUUUAUUCGGACUUUCCGAAACUCUCCUCGGAAUUGCCUUAUUUUUAUAUCAGCGACGAGUAUCGUGCCUUCUCACCGAACGGCAUGCAUUUAAUUAUCUGUGUUCAUGGGCUGGAUGGCAAUUCGGCCGAUUUGCGUUUGGUGCGCACCUAUUUGGAAUUGGGUCUGCCCGGUGCCAAUUUGGAAUUCCUUAUGUCCGAACGUAAUCAGGGUGAUACGUUUUCGGAUUUCGAUACCAUGACUGAUAGACUGGUUGCUGAAAUUCUCUAUCAUAUCGAAACCUGUGGACUCAAUCCGACACGCAUUUCAUUCGUCGCACAUUCUUUGGGAACAAUUAUUGUACGCAGCGCCCUGGCAAGGCCCCAAAUGCGUUCACUAUUGCCACGACUGCACACAUUUUUAUCAUUAUCGGGACCGCAUUUGGGUACGCUAUAUAAUACCAGCGGACUGGUCAAUAUGGGUGAGUAA